AUGAAGCGCACGGCGGAGAAGUCAUGGUCCGCAAGUCAGUCGUCGAGUCAGCUGAAAUACUCAACGCCGGCUAAGGAGCACACAGCGGAGCAGGCAAAGGCCAAGCUCAAGCUCAAGAUCGCGCCGGCUAUGCGAGCUCGCGGCGGAAAUGCAGACUGGAUGCUGGACAUCGUGCUCGCGGAAAGUGCUGGACCUGAUGCGGAGGGUGCGGAAGCCGGCGAAGCUCUUCAGCGCAGGCAGAUCGUCUUGAGAGCUUGCAUAGAGCCGGUGUGGAGGAGAUCCAAGAGCAAGCUGAAGUCUUCGGUCUAUCUUUCGCAAAUGGUCGAGCAUCGACGAGGAAGUCUUCGGUUUGGUGUGCAGAGCGAGGACAGCAGCUUGAGGGACAAGCAGGAUGCCGUCAUAAAGUGA